AACACACAUAGACAGCGUUUGAAUCCAAAAUUGUAAAUCCAUCUCUUCCUCCUUUCUCUCUUCUCAUAUGGACGGCAUAAGACAAGCACUUAUAACAAGUUUAUUUCCUCCAGGGUCAUCAGAGAAGCUGAUUAUCCAUGUUAAAACAUAUAAAGAUAUUCAGUCCUCUGAGACAAGUAAAGACAUUAAAGGAACACCUCGAUAUUUAUGCUUAUCACAAAAAAGGAAUACAAUACGACUAUCAAAAGUAAAAAGAAACCAGAACGGGGCAUUUAGUAUUGGAAAAGUAUGGGCACUAGAUGACAUUAAACAAAUUCAGAUUGUCGAUGCUCAUCAAUUCUCCAUCACACUCAACAAAGUAUAUCUGUGGGCGGUUGAAAAGAGCAAAGAUAAGAUGAUAUUUUUGGCCUUUUUAAUAGAUUUCUGUAGACGCUAUGCCAGUCGUAUGCCGAAACUUGUCAAUAUUGAUGAAUCACGUAUCCUGCGAUUUUUGGCUGAUCCUGCUGCACCUACAUUAAACGAUGAACCCUCUACUUCACCUACAGCCAGCACCAGCCAUCUAGUUGAAACGCCUAUUUCGCCUAUGCCAAAGAUAUCUUCACCAAUAACCCCUACAGUUACUUCCCCUGUUUCUGCAUCUAUUACAGAGACGCACGAAUCGAGAGUAAAUGAUGAACGUCGAGCAAGAGAAGCAAAACGAGAACGAGAAAAGAGAGAGAAAAAAGCUCAAGAAGAAAAGGAGAGACAAAAAAAGGCAGAAGAGAUCCAGAAUAAACUAGCUGAACGUGCUUUCUUGAUGAAUGUAGAGGAAUUAUUGAUAGAUUUCAAUUGGAAAGCAAAUGGAAAUGCGGCAGUGCUUGAAAAACAACUGUUGGGUGAAUUACAUGCGCUAGAAGCUGCCAAUGUUCAUGCUGUCAUACAAUCCGAUGAGAGAGUAAGAUCUAUUGUGGAUCAUAUCGACAAAUCAUUAGCUGAACUAGAUAGAAUGGAAAGCUGGUUAUCGCUUUAUGCUGCAGAGCUUAAUAGUAUGGGAGAUGAUAUACGUGAAAUCGAAAUACAAAAUAGAGCACUUCAAAUAUUGAACACAAAUCAGCUGGCACUCAUGUCCGAGCUUGAUAACUUACUUAAUGCUAUUUCUAUACCCAAACGAUGUUUGGAUAGCUUGCAAUUUGAUCCAAUGGAUACAACUGAUGAUGUGAUUCGCAUUCAAGAAUCAGCAGAGACACUACAAAAGAUAUUAAAGACAAAGCUACCUGAUGGAUUACAAGACUUGGCUGCUGUACAAGAACGAUUAGAGGCAUAUAACGUGCAUGGAAAUCGGUUUAGUGAACGAGUUUUCAAGUUUUUAAAGGAUCAAUUUGAACAACAGGCCAGAUUAUAUCAAGAAAAGAGAAUAAAAUCCUCACCUACAGGGAACAGGAAAAACCAAACACUAUCAAUUACUACACAACCUCAUGAAACAAUAGAAAAUCACUUGAUAAAGUUCCAAGGCUUCAACCUUUGGGAAAAGGAAAUGGAGCCAAGGAUGUAUAAUGAACUACAACGAUGCUAUGCUCAAGCAGUAGCGCCAUUAUAUGAACGCGAUAUACGAGAACUGAUUGAGACCAUACGUGGUUUUUAUACAACAUUAAGAAAAAGGGAUGUCGAUGAGCUCGAGUACUUAUUUAAACCUGAGGAAUCUCGUCCUGCUCGUGCAUUAGCGUAUGCACCUACAUUAGGUACCGAAAACUUGAAGCCACACCGGUAUCGUCAUAUGUUGCGUGGUUCUACGGAUGGCGCAUCAAGUAAUCGAUCUAGCAUUGACGAAGAUGAGAAGGCUGCAGAUGAGGCUUUUGGACAAAUGAUGAAUCAAGCUAUUAUGCUUAUUUGUAGAGAACAGAACUACAUGAGUGACCUGUUUGAACUGGCGACUACACGAUCAUUCUUGGAACGUGGUAUGGUUUACUCACAGGUACCAAACAAGGCAGACCUGUAUAGUCGUCGAGACAAGAUCAGAGAUGUAAAAAUAUCAAAAAAGAUUUUAUCAUGGAUGGAAGUGAUUUUCGAAACAAUGGAGCCCAACAUGGUUAGUCUUUUAGAAUAUGGUGUCAAAUCUGAUCCAACAUUGGCUGUGAGCAUGUUAGCUGCUGUCGAAUAUCAACAAGAAAAAUGGGAAGGCUCUGAUCAAGAGUUUGCUCUAAAAGUAUGUGCUUCCUUGUCUCAGCGGCUGAUGCGUAUGUUUGAAAGCUUUAUCAGCGACCAAACACGAAUUAUUGAAGAAAUAAAAGUAAGCAGCAAGAAACGAAGAGGCGUUUUAAGCUUCUUCAGGACGUUCCCUCUCUUUGCUAUGCGAUUAGAAGUUGCAGCUGCUCACGUUCAACCAGAGUCAGCAACGCGAUCUGUAGUGAAUGAAGCGUAUGAAAAGGUAAUACAGACCAUGAUGGCAAGUUUAGAUAGUAUUGCACGAGAAAGCGAUCAGACAGGAGAUGACAAAGAGCAAUUAAAUGCAACCAUAAUGUAUAUUGAAAAUAUGCACCAUAUGUACCACACCUUGCGUACAAACAAGUUACAUGUCUUGGAGAAAUGGAUCAAGCAUGCCAAGUCUCAAUAUGAUAAUAGUCUGAAUGCUUAUAUCCGUGUCAUCAUUCGUCGACCACUUGGAAGACUUUUAGAAUUCUUUGAAGGUGUCGAGACAAUGACACGAACAAGCAGUACCCCUGAAGAGGUCUCAUUCCAUAUGAAUUACAACAAAUCACAAUUACGUAAGGUCAUCAUGAUGUAUCCUCCUAAAGAAAUCAAGAAAUCUUUGGAACAAUUGUAUAAGCGUGUGGAUAAGCAUUUUUCGGAAGAAGAAGGGCUACUACAAGUUGUUUGGCGUGGUAUUCAAGAGGAAUUUAUUCAACAGCAUGAAAGAAUGGAAAGCUUGAUAAGACAAUGUUAUCCUGAUGCUGGUGUACAUUUGGAGUUUACAAUACAGGAUUUAUUAGACAUGAUGAGUGAAUUAGCAAGGAAGGUUAACGUUUAA